GAGAGUGAGUGAGGGAGAGUAAGAGAGGGAGAGUAAGAGAGGGAGAGUAAGAGAGGGAGAGUAAGAGAGGGAGAGUAAGAGAGGGAGAGGGAGAGUAAGAGAGGGAGAGGGAGAGAGGGAAGGCUUUGAAACCAUUUUUAUCCUUUUUUCAGUUUCUUUGUUUUUCUUUUGUUGAAGGAAAGAAACGGGGCUCAGUAGUUGGAAUGGAAAGUUUCAGAUAAGUUUGUUUUAUUGUUAUUAUUAUUAUUAUAUUAUUUGAUUUUAUGUGAUUUAAGGAAAGGUUUGCAGCGAGAUCUUUGUUUUUGGGUUGUUUUUUGGAAUGAAGACCGCAAAGGUAAAUGAAUGGUUUGAAAAGUGGUAAUUGUUGGUUAAGGAGAGGGAGGCACGAGAGAGUACCCUUAUGCUAUUUUUAAAUUCUUAUUUUUUUUCUUUGUUUUUGUUUAGAUUUUCUGAAGUCUAGGUUUAAUUGUACAUGUUUUAUUUAUUAAACAUCACUACAUGAGGCGGAGGGUAACUGGGGAGAUCAGAAGAGCGCUGAAUUGAGAGGUGGUUUAUUUAUUAAACAUCACUACAUGAGGAGGAGGGUAACUGGGGAGAUCAGAAGAGCGCUGAAUUGAGAGGUGGUUUAUUUAUUAAACAUCACUACAUGAGGAGGAGGGUAACUGGGGAGAUCAGAAGAGCGCUGAAUUGAAAGGUGGUUUAUUUAUUAAACAUCACUACAUGAGGAGGAGGGUAACUGGGGAGAUCAGAAGAGCGCUGAAUUGAGAGGUGGUUUAUUUAUUAAACAUCACUACAUGAGGAGGAGGGUAACUGGGGAGAUCAGAAGAGCGCUGAAUUGAGAGGUGGUUUAUUUAUUAAACAUCACUACAUGAGGAGGAGGGUAACUGGGGAGAUCAGAAGAGCGCUGAAUUGAGAGGUGGUUUAUUUAUUAAACAUCACUACAUGAGGAGGAGGGUAACUGGGGAGAUCAGAAGAGCGCUGAAUUGAGAGGUGGUUUAUUUAUUCAUUUUUAUUUAUACAGGUUUAGUUUUAUUUGCUGAUGGACAGAAAACACUUGCGCAUACACAGAGAAACAAACAAACUAGGGUCUUUUUAGUUUGUUUUUCAGUAAGGUAUAUCUCAACCCCGAGACACACACACACUUUUGUUACAUUUAUUUUCUUCUCUCGCUUGACACUGGCUUAUAUAUCUGAAACUAUGAAACAGAUCAUAGAAAUUAAAUGAAGCAAAUGACAAAUACCGUAGUCACCACACAGUGAGAAACUAUACGAUGAGGAGGCUGAAACAUUUGACGAAGUGAGACGCUUUCAAGAGGAAAGGGGGAACAGAACUUCUUCACAAAAGGAGGAAGUGAUUCAAGAAGAACAAAAAACAACAAAACAUUUUGCCACAAGGAAAACCAAAAUGCUUCCCUGUUGUUUAAAAAAAAAAUAGUCUGCCUUCUACUUCAACAUCUAACCAGAAUCUUUCACCCUCUUUCUCUCUCUUUUCUUACUCACUUUUGUUUUGGAACGUAAACUACAGAAACGUAACACAUUUUGGGUUGGAGUAACUCUGGAUAUGCUAAGCCAAAUCUUGCUAACUCUCUCUGUCUCGAUCUCUCGCUCUCUUCUCCUCUCUGCCCCAUUUUUCUGUUGGAAGGGAGGGGGGCAAUAUAUAGCAGGAGGGAGGAGUACAUACUUAUUCGGGGACACUUUCAUGCCCUCCUCACCCCUACAGCCCCCGUGACUGUGACUUCUCUGGCCUCUUUUCUUAUUCCUGUCUUUUGUUCUCCCCUUCCCUCCCUCCUUCACGACACUCUGUGAGUGCUGUUUGCCAUCAAGUAAAAAAAAAAAAAGUGAACUACUUCUCUCUCGGCUGCUAUCUACACUUUCAACCAUGUUCGGAUUGCUGCUAAAGAAAACAAACAGACAGAUAAAUAAAUAAAAAUAAACUUUUUAACCCUCCUGCUUCAGAAAAAAAUGGAAAAAUAAACCACUGCAUCUCAUGUAUUUAUUACUAUUUAACAAGAAAAAGAAAAGGUAAAAAUGAACCUGUUUUCUUCUGUUUUUUGUUUGGUUGCCUUCUUCCUGCUGGUGAAAGUUGGGCAUUGACUAAAUGUAACAGUUAAAGGUGGUAUUAAAACACUGACUUAGUUUAAGUCAGCCACUGGGCGGGGCCUGAAUGGGGGAAACUGGGUAAGAAUAAAGUUGGAUAUAUAAGAAUAAAGAGUAUACUUUUGCACACAAAGGUCAAAUGCAAAUCACAGCUUUCUGCUUUUUUUCAGCUUUCAGUCGACAGACCCUCAUCUGAGCAAUGUGCAUACAGUAGCAGGCCUAUACCACACAGACAACCUGUUGAUGUGGCAAGCUAAGUGAUCACUGACAUGGCAUAAUACAUCUGAGAUUUGCGUUUGACCUCAAGUUAUUUCAUCCAUUUUUUUGUACCUGAGUGUAACUGGUGUUGGAUGUGGUGGGGAUGAUGUCCAUGAAGAACCACAAAGUUGGUGUAGCUGCUAAUGAACUUAUUAGGAAUCGGUCUCAUUGUUUGGACAGUCUUGUGACAAUAUUUUAUUGUUGCCCAUAUACAGUAGCAGGCAGCUCUGAGUAAAGUGUAAACAGCAUUACAGCUAGAUACAUUGAUUGCUGAUUUACUAUCAAGGUGAAAAGGUGCUACCGGAAGUGUUAAAGACAGGUUCUUGUUACCCUGAUGGCCUACACUAUACCCCUAGCUGUAUCUUUGGUCUCAGCUUACGUUGGCACAAUCCUCCAUUCAUCUAUUCCGUUGUCAAUGGAAAUGCUGUUUAGUUCAACAUGUUGUCUCUGUGUGUGUGUGUGAGGGGGGGGGGUCAGUAUGGUCACCUAUACCAUAAAACUACAUGCAAUUGGAAAGAAAAUUUAGGACCGUUUGACUCAUGUUCAUCAACACAUUUGCGCUCUUCCUAGUUGAGAGUUAUUGAAUAUGAAUAUAACAGGUGAAGGUCAAGUUUUGUAUUCACCCAAGUCACUGAGUAAAAUUGAGAGCACAGUUAAUACUGGCAUCUGGUGGCUAGAUAAGUCAAUUACAUACUCAAAGUUUACAUUGUACCAUAGUAGGCAAUGCAAAAAACGUUUUCAUAUGUCAUAGCAAAUAUAAUGAAUCGAAUCAUUAAUUGAUCAUCUACGCUCAGUAGCCUACAUGCAACGAACGUCGCCGUGUGUGCCAAGUGCGUAAUUGUUGCGCCAAAACCAGGUGAGCGCAAUUAACACGCGCCUACAACAUUCAUCUUUAAAUGGUCAGUCUAGUUUGCCAACAACAGUGUGUCCACGAGGCGCUCUGGACUAUUUUAUUUCUGCGGUCACGUUGAACAUGGCGCAAGUUGCGUGGAUGUUUUGUCUGUUUGCAUUUAUUUUUUCUGCCUUUCCAUUCACACAAGUAUCAGCGGAAGCUGAUUUUAAUGUUGACCGAUGGGAGGGUCAAGUGCAUCAAGACUACCAAUUUGCGGAGCGGCACCUCCUGGGCAAUGUACCAGUGCGUGAGGUGAUCAGGCCUCGGAUAGGGGAAGACGAUGCCACCGGUGCCCCUCGGUCAGAACCACCAUACUACUUUCUUCCCAUGUUCCAGCACUCGGCGGUUCCCGUCGUCGAUAGGGAAUUGUUCAGACCAGUCUUCGGGAAAAUACGUUUCCCCAGUAUCUUCACCACCCUCUUGUUUCCGCCACAAAAUAGUCCAGAGCGCAACCACUUCUCUCCCGUGCGUAAUCCGCGUGGAGUGGAGGUGUGGUGUGGGUACAACCAGAUCUCCGUGCGCAUCAACAGAAGUCAGCUCAGGUUUAGGUGUCUGGCCUCCAUGCUCUUCCUGGGCACUUGCCCCGUCACCCGGGUCACCCCACUUUUCUUUUACUUCCAUUAUGACUUGAAUGACUGUGGCAGUACUCAAACGACCAUGAAUGGCCAGCUGGUGUACUCCAGCUCACUUCGCUUUUCUCCAGAACCACAGGGGCCAGUGAUGAGAGCCAUACCUUUCAACCUCCCCAUUCAGUGCAUAUAUAAUCGAUUCCACUACUCCUACAAAGUUGGCUAUGUACCCGAGGUGCAUGACCGCAAUCUCUUGAAGAGUAUGAAUGGCAAACACAUCUUUAGGCUCACUGCAUGCAAUGAGCAAUGGGAACAAUUGUCGUCCGAAGAGGGCUAUAUGCUUGGGGAGCCAAUGUACUUCAACGCCUCCGCUGCUUUUGUCCCCAAAGAUGAGAGUGUGUUUGUUGAUUCCUGCUUUGUUACGUCAUCCAAUGACCCAAAUGCCACACCUCGCCUUGAAGUCAUUCACAACUUUGGAUGUAUGGUGGACAGCAAGCGGAAAGGCAGUCAGUCCCAGUUCUUCUCCAGAGAGUCAAAUGUCCUGCGCUUCACUGUGGAUGCUUUCCUGUUUCCCCAAAUCACUGCCAAGCAUCUCUACCUGCACUGUACUAUGACUGUCAUGAAAUCCACUUCAAAGCGCAGCGCCAAGUCCUGCACGUACAAUAGAGCAGUGGGAAGGUGGGAGGAGCUGUAUGGCCCUCCCUCUGUGUGCUCCUGCUGUGAUUCUGUCUGUGAAGUGUCAGAGUUUUGGCCAGCCUUGACAUCUCCUUCAGUGAAAAGCCUGAUCACCAGUAAACCCUGGAGAGUGUUGGAGGACAGGAAGAAGAGUUUCCCCGUUCAGGCUGAGGAGAGACAGCCAGAUGGUGAGGAAAGGGUAGAGGAGACCUUGGCAGUCACUUAUAGAGUGGAGAAGGUGAAGUUUAAAAGCUUGGCAGUCGCUCCUUGGGAGGAGGAGAAAAACAUGUCAGUUGCUGUUAUGAAUAAGGUAGAGGAGGUGCAGGAAGGGACAUUUCUAGGAGAGGAGGGGGUGGUAGCCAGAAAAGAAGGGAGUGUGGAGGAACCGAUUGAGGACAAACGGGCUGAGAAGGAGAUGAUUGAAGUGGCAGCUGAAGAGAUUGGCACAGAACAAGUGACAUCAAGUAUAACUUUGGAACAAGAACCUGAGGAGAAUACUGUGACGGUUAAGGACGUAGCUCAGUGGAACAUGUCAAGUGUCACCAUGAAUGCUAAGGUGUCAAAGAAAGCUAAGGAGCAGGUUGCUGGGAUAGAAGGGUCAAAGGUAGAGAGAGUGGCGGUUGGACAGAUGCCUUUGGUGGACGAAGCGGCAGCAUUUCUGCAGGGGUACAUGGAGCCUGCCGAGUGGAGAGAAGAUUACCAAGGACCAGCCCUAGAGGAAGAGCUGGGGAGGUUUUGGAAACCAUCCACAAAGGACAAGCUUGCUGUGCUGGAAACUUCUGUCCCUAUUGGAACAUUAACUUUAAAUUAAAUAUUUCAUAAGAAUAAUUACA